CCUGUACAAGCAGCCAUUUUGUGAUUCUGAUAUUAAAAGCUCAGCCCUGUGUUGCUCCCUAAGGCAGUAAUGUCCUCCUCAUCCGCUUCAGCUCUGGAGAUAGAGAUCUUCCAGUACAUUGAUGCACAUCAAGAUGAUUUCAUUGAGAAUCUUAAGGAAUGGGUGGCUGUGGAAAGCGACUCUGUUCAACCAGACCUGAGGAAAGAAGUAGUACGAAUGAUGGUAGUGGCAGCAGACAGACUUGCAGCAUUGGGAGCCACUGUCAAUUUAGUAAACCUGGGGUCACAUCAGCUGCCUGAUAGCCAGGACCUCCCACUGCCUCCUGUGAUUCUUGGGGAACUGGGGAAGGAUCCACAAAAUCCCACCAUAUGUUUCUAUGGUCAUGUGGAUGUGCAGCCUGCCAAAAAAGAAGAUGGCUGGAACACUGAGCCUUAUACACUGACUGAAAUCAAUGGAAACCUCUAUGGACGUGGAGCAACAGACAAUAAGGGACCUGUCUUAGCCUGGAUAAAUGCCGUGGAAACAUUUAGAGCCUUGAAAUUAGCUAUGCCAGUGAACUUCAAGUUUGUAAUUGAAGGCAUGGAAGAAGCAGGGUCCUUGGGGCUAGAAAACUUACUUGAAGAAGAAAAACAGCACUUUUUCUCUGAUAUUGAUUACACUGUAAUUUCGGACAACCUCUGGCUCAGCAACAAGAAGCCUGCCCUUACGUAUGGGAGUCGGGGCAAUGCCUGCUUCUCUGUGGAGGUUGAAUGUGGCAGCAAGGACCUUCACUCUGGAACUUUUGGAGGCAUCAUUCACGAGCCACUGAUGGAUCUGAUAGCUCUGCUAGACAGCCUUGUGGAUCCCACAGGUCAUAUUAUGAUCCCUGGAAUCUAUGACAGUGUUGCUGCCCUGACAGAGGAGGAGAGGAAAUUAUAUGAAUCGAUUGAAUUUGAUCUAGAAGAACAUAAAAAUAAUAGUGGUGUGAAAAAAUUCCUCUUUGGCACCAAGGAAGAAAUACUUCUACAUCUGUGGCGUUACCCUUCUCUCUCUAUUCAUGGGAUCGAAGGAGCUUUUCAUGAACCAGGAAUUAAAACGGUCAUUCCAGCAAAAGUAAUCGGCAAAUUCUCAAUUCGUCAGGUCCCCCACAUGGACCUUUCGGUUGUGAAACAACAGGUGGUGGAACACUUGGAGGGUGUCUUUUCCAAGAGGAACAGUCCAAACAAACUGAAAGUAUCCAUGCCUUUGGGUGCAAAGCCCUGGCUUGCUGAUGUUAAUGAUCUAUCCUAUAAAGCAGCAAGAAGGGCAAUAAAAACAGUUUUUGGAGAAGACCCAGAUUUUAUUCGUGAUGGUUCAACAAUUCCUGUUGCCAGAAUGUUCCAGACCAUAACGCAGAAAAGUGUGAUGAUGCUUCCAAUUGGAGCAGCUGAUGAUGGGGAGCACUCUCAGAAUGAGAAAAUAAGCAGACACAACUAUAUUGAAGGAACCAAAUUGUUUGCAGCCUUUUUCCUGGAGAUAUCAAAGCUACAUCAGCACUUACAUGAAAAUUCACACACAGAGACUAACAACUGAUACAGCACAACAAGAAAAUCAGCAAAGC